CUGGAUUCCAGACUGAUUCUCUGUGCAGUGAUUCCAGCUCUGGGAGCAGCUCCUGAAAUGAAGCUCUAGAUUGUUUAGUGGACAAAUAAGCCAAGAAGAGAGAGGGGUGCACUGGGAUUUGGAGAGAUGCCCAAUGUACCAUCCUUUAUCAGAGAAAUAAACUUUAAUUUAAAAAAGAUAAGGGAAUGAAGAAAGAAAACAUGUAGAAGAGGAAGAGAGUAUCAAUAGAGCUAGCAAUUUCUAACAGGUUCUCAAGAACAUGCUCAAAUCAUUCAUACGUUUUCAUCAAACACAGAGAUCAGAGAAGACUAUACUCUCCUAAUCACUUACUGAAAGUCGCAGAGCAAGGUGUUUCCCGUGAAUUGACAGCCAAAAUAUCCACUCAUAAUACAAGCAAGCUUGCAAAAUAUUUUCUUACAAUCCUGACAUAAUGGAAGUUUCUCUAAACCAGCCAGCAUCUAAUGAAUCCAGUGCAAAGAGCAACCACUCUGCAUUUUUCUACUUCAAAUCCUGUCAAUCCCUUUCUAUAACCUUACUCUUGCUGCUCAUAGCCUAUACUGUGGUCUUAGUCGUGGGCCUUUGUGGAAAUCUCUCUCUCAUCAUCAUUAUCUUUAAGAAGCAGAGAGAAGCUCAGAAUGUCACCAGCAUACUGAUUGCCAAGCUCUCCUUCUCUGACAUCUUGGUAUGCGUCAUGUGCAUCCCUUUCACGGUCAUCUACAUUCUGAUGGACCACUGGAUAUUUGGGGAUACCAUGUGCAAACUCACUUCCUAUAUGCAGAGUGUCUCCAUCUCUGUGUCCAUAUUCUCACUGGUAUUAAUUGCUAUUGAAAGAUAUCAGCUGAUUGUGAACCCCCGUGGCUGGAAGCCCAGUGUAUCUCAUGCUUAUUGGGGCAUCACAUUGGUUUGGCUCAUUUCCCUUCUGUUGUCUCUUCCCUUGUUCCUGUCCUACCACCUCACUGAUGAACCUUUUCGUAACCUCUCUCUCCCUACUUCCAUCUAUACCCACAGGGUGGCCUGUGUAGAGAACUGGCCCUCCAGAACAAACCAGCUCCUCUUUUCCACCUCCUUGUUUAUGCUCCAGUACUUUGUCCCUCUAGGAUUCAUUCUUAUCUGCUAUGUGAAGAUUGUUAUCUGCCUUCACAAGAGAAAUCAGAAGGUAGACAGGAUGCGGGAAAAUGAAAGCCGGCUCAGUGAGAACAAGAGGAUCAACACAAUGUUGAUUUCCAUCGUGGUGACCUUUGGAGCCUGCUGGCUGCCCUUGAACAUCUUCAAUGUUAUCUUUGACUGGUAUCAUGAGGUGCUGAUGAGCUGCCACCAUGACCUGGUAUUUAUAAUUUGCCAUUUGGUUGCCAUGGUUUCUACAUGCAUAAACCCUCUCUUUUAUGGCUUUCUCAACAAAAAUUUCCAGAAAGACCUGAUGGUACUUAUUCACUACUGCUGGUGUUUUGCACCUCAGGAAAGAUAUGAAAAUAUGGCCCUCUCCACUAUGCACACAGAUGAAUCCAGGGGAUCUUUGAAACUGGCCCACAAACCAACUGGCAUAUAAAAAUUGGUAAUACUUAAUGCCAAAGCCCUUCUUUAAUAGAAUACAGAGAGGUAAUGGUGGGGGAUAGUGCAAGAUACAAAAAGAAGCCAGAACCAAAAAUAUAGCAAUGUUAUACUCAGUUUUGCUUUAGACUAAUCUUAUGUCUCAUAUAUCAACCCAACAUUCCAUCUGACACACAGACAUAUACCACCCCUUUCCCUUUUCUUAAGAGAAUAAUAGCUCAAACAAUCAAGACACUGACAUUUGUGGUGGAGAAUCAAGUGAGGAAGCAGAUAGGCAAGAGAGAUAGGGGUGGUUGGAGAACAAAGUUCCUGGGUCCUGUUGUGCAAUGGAAUAUCCACAAAAGUGAUUACUAAUGAUACGAGCCAUAAAAACAAUCCUAUUUCUUCUUACCACUGAAGAAAUUCUACUUUCAGAUAUGAAACUAACUUUUAACCAUGGAACUGUUCAAUUGAUUAGCCAAGUCAGAAAGUGCCCUACCACAAUUUAUUAUUUAGUUAACUAAGUUUCGAUUCAAAUUAAGGGGGUUGGUGUAGCUUAACAUAUACACUAGUAUAGUAAUUACAAUUAAUUCCAAUGCCUGGAUCCAAUUCCCUGCUUUAUAAUAACAGUAUAUUUUCUUCACUAACAAUGCUAUUAAUGUUAGUAGAACUGGCCACAAAUUCUUUAGCACUCCUAUUAUACUAGAAGUCACUUUAACUUCUUAAUGGAAGAUAUAGAUACAGCUUUCUAUAUUGAACAGAAAGCUUUUUAUCUUGAAUUAUUUAUGUAUAUUAAGUAAGGAUCAUUGUGACUCUAUUAUUGGCCUGAAAGACUUUACAACAGCAACUUUACAAUUACAAUUAGCUCCAGAUUCUAAAAAUACUGUCAAAUAUCUUAUUACUUAAACAUCUUCAAAGCUCUCUCUUCUUCACAGAGUCACUUACAUAGGAGAAUAACUAGAUUAUUUCAAAAAAGGUUCCAAAGCUAAUGUUCAAAUAGCUGUUUGCUUGGAGACUUUAACUAAAUCAUGACCAGCUUUGUCAUUUCCUUGGAUAAACCUCCUUUAUACCUAUUAAAUUUGAACUGAAGCUUAUAUAUAUAUUGUAAAUAUAUAAAUAUAUAACCAUUUUCUUUUGAAUAAAUAUUGUCUGAAUA